AACUUGAACCCCAUAUUCUUGAUUACUGCGCAGCAUAAAUGGCUACAAAGCUUUCAUCUCCAUGCAACAGUACAGAGAGCUCGAGUUUCUCAGAGUCGGAGAUGGAUGUUGCCCGGCAGUUGAUUCAGCUUUGCGGAGGAGUAGAAGUUAACGAUGAUGGCAGUGAAGGCAUAAGCGAAAAACUACCGAAAAGAAAAUUGCAGGUUGAUGAUCAUGAAGAUGAUGUAUCUUCUUGGAAAACAAGAAAGCGGUUUCGGUCUAUUAAUUAUAUCUACAGCUCAACCAAGAAAAUAGCGGUUAAUUAGUCUCUUGUUUCUUGUUUAAUUAACCUCUAGGGUUUGGCCGCCAACUCACUGUGAAUCCAAAGUACAUAGAUUUUGAUCAGUGGAGUCUUUUGCAAAAAUCAAGUCCAAAGGGACGGAUAUAUGUCUUUGAUUGUGUUCUAAACUGUCUUUGUUACAGUGAGGUUAUAUCUACAAUUUUGUUGAAAGAGUUUUUCUGUAAUGCCUACGGGCUUUCUUGAAUGGAAUUUGAGCUUAUCAGUUCCUAAAAAUAAACAAAAACAAGUGUA